AAGCAGAUACGAGAAGCGUCACUAGUGGUUACCUGCAGUUGCUACAAAGCAGACGAGAAGGAAGUUGUUAGGUUAACUCACAUCUUUGAUCUUCGUAGGGACGCUGGUUUAUUGAAGUUACCCUUUUAAGAUGAAGACCUCACGAACUAAAAAAGCGCGGAAAACUCUUGGCUUUUAUGUGAACAAUUACAAGUUUCGUCAGCCCUUUCAAGUCCUCGUUGACGGCACAUUUGCAGUCGCGGCAUUACAGGGCAAGCUUAAUAUACAGGAGCAGCUUGCAAAGUACUUCCAGUCCGAAAUAAAGCUGCUGACAACAGCGUGCACCAUCUCGGAAACCGAGAAACUCGGUGUAUUCUCUGCGGCGGUGAACGGUGCCACGCAAAUAGUAAGGCAGUACGCUGUGCACAGAUGUGGACACGAGAAGAAACCAAUAAGCGGCUCGAAAUGUCUACGAUCUAUGAUAGGAAGAGACAAUAGUUCGAGAUAUAUUGUUGCAACACAAGAUCGUGAGCUUCAGGAUCAGUUGAGGAUUAUUCCCGGAGUUCCUGUAAUUUAUUUGCAUGGAAAAGCACCCACGCUAGACCCUCCUUCAGAGGCAAGUCGCAAACAUGCUGGAGAUACACGGAAAGAACUAGGCAUGACUACGUGGGAGAAAGAAAAUGUAAAGGCGUUGCGAAAAACGGCGGGGUUGGAAGAAAGCGAAAUUAAAAAGAAGAAGAGGAAGAAAAAGGGAGGGCCAAAUCCUCUCAGCUGUUUGAAAAAGAAAAAAAGAGUAGAAACAUUGAACCAGAAAGAUUCCAAGUCCGGCAAAAUUCGAAAAAAGAAGAGAAAAAUAGCGGCACAUGUUAAAGUUUUACUUAAAAAUAAUCUUUAAUGAUUCCCUUAGGGUUACAAUCUUCUACAAUUAUUUCAACUAGCGCCACUUGUCCUAAAUAACCCUUAAUCUGAAUUUAACUAUUUAAUCAAUGAGAGAGAGGGCCAUCUCCGUCUAGGCUCUCUCUCUCUACUACGCACACAUACCCUCUGCAUGAUUUCCGUUUCCUCUUGUUCCUUUAAAAUAACAUCUUUUCUCUUCCUCCACUCCCACCCGUUGAUCCUUCAAACAGUCUCUCAUUCAUUUCUUCAUUUUCUCUCCUCUUUACUUCGUCCACUCACCAUUCUCUUUUCACACUUCCACUCCCUCUUCCUCUCCUUCUCCAACUCAACUUCCUUCAUCCAUCCCUCUCCAGCCCCAUUUUCACUCAACACCCACUCUAUCACAUCCUGCCAACCUCCUCCACCUAUCAUCCACUCUUUCAAAGAAGCUUGUAGAACUAACAAGUGAACGUAGAACAUAAAAUUGUAUGUGAAAGUUAAACAUGCCAAUUUUUGAACAUGUAUAUUCUGUGAAUAUAAUAUAUAAAAAGCGAAAGAGUUAAAAACUGAGACUUGGGAGAACAAAAUACUUUUUCUCCUAUUAAAUCGAUAUUCAUCUUAAAAAAGAAAAGUAUCUGAAUACUUUAUUGUGUAUAUGUAUAAAGUUUAUGAUAAGAUUUAAGUAGAUAUCUGUUCUUAUAUACAUGGCCGCAUUAAGCGCGAAUGUUUUUCAUAGAAAAAUUUAAUAGUCCUACAGUUACGGUAUUAAUAAAAUUUUUAUUUUAGACCGAAAUGAUUGUUACUUAAUACAGAUAAUUUACAAUGGUUUAUUAGCGAAACAAUAGCGAAGUGUGCAACUUUAAGAUUGGUAUUAUUUAAAUAGGAAAAUAUAGUGACUAACAAAAGAGAAAAAUAAGCAACACAAAGUUCUUAAGAAAAAAAUUGAUAUUACAUUCUUCAUUAUGUCAUUCACCUAGAAUAUCUAACGUACAGUUAGACACACGAACCUGGAAUUAGGAACUUUAAUGUAUAGAAAGUAUAAAAAUGUUGGAAAAUAAUUUUUUCGUUGCAGGUGGUACAAUAUUAUUUACAGUCUUUGUUUAAGAACUUUCAGACAAUAUUUAAUACUAUAUUGCUAGCAUAUACAUAUUUAUGAGAUGAUCAUAGAGUGGCAAACCUAUAUUUACGGAGGCUGCUAUUUCUAUUUCUCUCGAGAAGUUUAAUUUAUAAAUAUACCAAAUAUGCAUCUCUUUAAGAAAGUUCGUAUAAAAGUUAGAACUCUUAAAACUUUAUACAUAAUAGGAAAUGCUGAGUCCUCUAUUUCGGAAAUUCUUUCUUGCAAGGAAAAGAUGAGAAAUUUAAUAGAGUUACCACUACAUAUAAUUAGACAACAAUCUUUCUAUUAGGUAUAUUUGAAUUCAAUCAUAUAAGUAAAACAAUUGCAACUUUAUCUCAUUCGGUUUUUUUAGAUAUAGACCUUUCCUAAUUCACAAAUUGCUAGUUACAAAAAUAGAAUCUUUCUCGGUCGAAGAGUUAGAUUUCUAAAUUAUUAAGCCCACAACUUUCAAAAUUAGAUG